AAUAAGCACGUUAAAUUCUUGGCUAUGCAACAUUUUCAGUUUCAGAGAAAGACAAGAACUACUUAAAACUGUUAAGGCUUACGUUACACUACGUUUUGCAUUUCUCGUCCUCUCGUUAUCAGUCCGUCAUUUAGGUAUGUAUUUUCUUAAACCACCUGCAAUGUACCCCGAACAUUGGUGUCUACAUUGUGGAUUUGUGUUACCGUUAACAGAGGGACAAAAAAGGAAGGUUUAGUUUCUUUAAGUUUCGUAUCGUGCGUUUUCCCUGUUUUGUGUGCAAAGCAGUGAUCAGAAACUGCCGUCACGGUGACUGUUUAGAACAAGCUUACACCACAUUUGGGGGAUGCUUCGCGUAGUCAUGCACCCCUUCACACAGGCUUUUUUUUGUUUUGUUUUUUAAGGACAGGCUGCACCGUGCUAAACAUGUCUCUAUGACGUAUUUUCACAAGCCCCUCCCGCGGCCCGCCCACCAAUCAUGGCGAAGGACUCGCUGGCGGAAGCCGGCCUCCACUUCGACGAGCUCAACAAGCUGCGCGUGCUGGAGCCCGAGGUGGCCCAGAAGACCACCGAGCUGAAGGAGGAAUGCCGAGACUUUGUGGAGAAGAUUGGCCAGUUUCAGAAGAUUGUUGGAGGGUUGAUAGAGCUGGUGGACGAGCUGGCAAAAGAGGCUGAGACAGAGAAAAUGAAGGCUAUUGGUGCAAGGAACCUCCUGAAAUCAGUGGCCAAGCAGAGGGAGGCCCAACAGCAGCAGCUCCAGGCUCUGAUCGCAGAGAAGAAGAUGCAGCUGGAGAGGUAUAGGAUUGAGUACGAAGCGCUGUCCAAAGUAGAAGCAGAGCAAAACGAGUUCAUCGAUCAGUUCAUCCUUCAGAAGUAAGAGCUGCUUCCGUGGCCGCCCUGUGGGCGUGAGCUCGGGUCGGCGCGCCUGCUGUCGUGCAGAUGGGCAGACGGGAUGUUUCUUCUAGGACUGACUCCUUUCAGAAGUACAUGGAUACCAGCAAACAGAGCCUCUGUUCAGGCAAACUGGAGAGCUGGAAGGACUCCUUCAGAACAAACUCAACUGACAACUGCUCAGGUCGUGAGAACCUAGACUGCAGACAAGCAAUGCCACCCCUGCACAGCUCAACCUACAUAUUAGUAGGUAGCUAAAAAGAAAUGAUGGUAACAUUUCACUUCUUCAUUCCCCUAUUUACACAGAAGACCACAAUUCUUACCAGCUUCUGUCUUAAUUUUCCAUGACCACAUGAUGACUGAGUUUUCUAAGAAGUGGAUGGAAUGAGCCAGAUAUCUGAAAUAUCUUUAGCAUUACCUUUCACACCACAAAGGAAAAAAACAUAUUUACCUACCAAUGAACUCAUAUUAUUUAUACUAUUUAUAUCUGAUGGGUAUUCUGUAAAGCUAGUUUUGUUACCUUUUGUAUAAAACAGUUGCAUGAUCCAGUAUAAAAAUCCAUUUUCAUAAUCUUGUAAACUUUUUGUUUAUGGUUGUAAAGUGUGUUUUAUAGCCAUUUAUAGCAUUUUGAAUUCCAUUUUUAUCUGUGCUUUAGUGUGUGUAAUCCAGGUCUAAUAUUUAAAUAUCUUUUAAUGGGACCAAACCAAAAAUUGCAUAUUUGUGUUAUCCUUGCCCAAGGUGCUUAUAUCACUUUAUGAUAUCAUCUUAUAUGAGAAAUCAGUCCAUUUUAUGGCCAGUUAUUUGAAAGUGAAGUACAUAUAAUACAGUGAAAUUCAAGGUAUUAUUCCUUUUGCUUUUUGUCAGCAGACAUAUACAUUGGUGUCAACUGUACUACAGAUUAAAGAUAAAAGCAAUUGGAAAACAAGCUCUUUAAAUAAAAAGGUUCAAUUGAAUAAAAUCAUAUAUAAUG